CGCCUUCUCCUUCGUUCACAAGGGUUUUCUUUCGUUUUCGCGCUAAACCGACUGGAUGUUUUGAGGGUUACUGGUUCGGUAGUAUACCCUCAAAACGGCGUAGUUCUCUCUUUCUCUCUCAACGCUGAAGAAUGAAGAUUGAAGAACCCUAGUCCCCGAACCUCCUUCGAAGUUCGAACGCAGCCUGCAGCCACCAUCCAUGUUCAAAGUCAUCGCCGAACUCUUCUCCUCCGAUAGAGGGUGCUGUCGACGCCGGCAGGGACAGACCAUGGGUGCCGCGUCGCGUGUGGAAGCUCUGCUCGGCCCGCUUCUCAUCGUUCCUCCUCUCCUCGUCGUCGCAGGAAGGUUUGCGUGAGCUCGUGGCGUCGCCGUCGCCAAGGGUUGGUCGGUCGUCGUCUCUUCGAGCUCUCUCUCUCCUGUCUUUGUCCGAGCUCAACGUCCCUCUUCGAGCUCUCUCUCGCUCUCUGUCCGAGCUCACUUCGGUUCCUCCUUAGCUGUCACUUCCCUUCCUCCCUCGCCGCUGUAUCAUAAAGUUCUCAUGUUUAUUUCAACUACCAAGAGUGAAGGUGCAGCAGUUUUGACCGGAGGGUCUCUUCUUGAGCAACAAACAGAUUGUAGCUAUUGCUGUCGCCUCCCACCUCGUCCACUGCUCUGUGCUCUACCUUGCCGUCGUGUCUCCCCACCGCGUCAGAUCAAAAGAAGUCGCCGUCUGCCGUCGACAGCAUCGCCGCCGCAGCCACCAGUUGCCCCUCCUCCUCCUCCUCAACUUUCACUUGACUUCAGGUCCUCACAGAGCCUAAGAAUGCUUUAGGGAAGCAGUACAAGAAGAUGUUCCACAUGAAUGGAGUAAAGCUGCAUUUUACAGAAAGCGCUCUGAGAUCAAUUGCUAGAAAAGCAAUAUCUAAAAACACCGGUGCUCGGGGCUUACGAUCAAUAUUGGAGAGUGUGCUGGUAGAUGCCAUGUACGAGAUCCCCGAUACAAGAACAGGAGAUGAUAUUAUAGAGGCUGUUGUUGUUGAUGAAGGGGCUGUUGGUGGUGAGGAGCGUGGGAAAGGGGCCAAGAUCCUUUAUGGCAAAGGUGCAUUGGAGCGUUAUCUUUUAGCUCAAAAGAAUAUUUCAGAGACCACAGAGGCACCAGCCGGAGAGCAUGAAGCAGAGGCGGAACUUCCUUCCAUUGUUGCAAGCAUGUAAUCCAUUGCUGAAGUUUACUGUAUUUAUCUUUGUACAUAGCAAGUUGAUACAUUUCUUGAAUAAUAUAGAAGGGUCCAAGUCACAUAAUGUAAUAAUAUCUUAUAGUAACUUUCUAGCUUCUAUGGUCAUUCCAACAAAUUACAGCAAGGUAAACUAAUUGUCCCAUACCACUUUUUUAGUGUACAAUACCUGAUUCAUGUACACAAGUUCUGUGCAGAAUUGAUGGAGCAAUGUGCAUCACUUAGAUUUUGCCCCACCAAUGCCUUUUACAUAAUUUAUUGAAUACUGAAACAA